AGGGAAUACGUGUCGGGGCCUGGAAUGUCGGGGAGGGCAGUUUAACUGUCAUGAGGGCUUGUGUUGUUUACCCCAAUGGCAGAAGGGAGACACAACGCUGGGCUGGUCCCUGUGUGACUCCCCAGUUGGACUCAAUGGAGAAACCUUCCUUCGAAAGGCUGAAAUCCACUUCUCCUCUGUACAAAGGACAAGGGGUGAUAAAGAAACAAGAGAGAAAGUUUAUCCUGAUUUUUCAGACACUAAACAGUGAACAGAGGGGAGGAAAAAAGAGUCUAGAGACUGAAGGAAAAGGAGCAAGAAAUGAGAAACUAUCCCUCUGCCCGAAGUCACCUUCCUCCAAAAGGCCUGAGUUUCGUUUUCACAGCAAAGAACAAAGUGAGGAAAAGAAACAAGAGAAAAAGAAAAACCACAGGAAAUGGAGAAAAGCAUUAAAUGCAGGGGAAAUCAUUAAAUGCAGUGGUCUAGAGCCAAAAGCAGAAGAAACAAAGGCAUCAGCAGCAGGAAGAACAGGAAUUAUGGAGUCACCUUUUUUCAAAAGGCCUGAAUCUAGAUUCUCUCUCAGCAAUGGCCAACGUGAGGAAAAGAAACAAAAGAAAAAACACAAGAAAUGGAGACGAGCAGGACAUACAGAGGAAGGUGACGCAGAUGCUCUACAGACAGCGGCAGCAGCAGCAAGGAUUAAGGAGUCACCUUCCUUCAAAAGACCUAAAUUUAUUUUACCUCUUAGCAACUGGCAAAGUGAGCAAAAGAAAAAAAAGAGGAAAUGGAGAAUGGAAAAUGCUGGGGACGCUGACGAGGAGGGUCUAGAAACAGAAGCAGAAGACAAAGCAGCAACAGCAAAGUCCUCUUCCUUCAAAAGGCCUGAAUCCACUCUCCAUCUCAGCAAUGGACAAAGCCAGGAAAAGAAACGAGAGAAAAAGAAAAAACACAGGAAAUGGAGAAGAGCAGAACAUACAGGGGGAGGUGACAAAGACAGUCUGGAGACAGAAGCAGAUGAAGCAGAAUCAGGGCUAGAUGUGGCUAGAGCAUGGACCUCCCAGCACACUUACCUGCACACAUCCACACUCUUCGUUUCUCAUACUCUCUCCGUCUGCCAGGAGCUGCUUCCCCCUCCAUGGUUGAAACCCACUUCCCCUCUGAGCAAAGGACAGAGCGACAGGAAGAAAUGGGAGGGAAAGCAGAAGCACAAACAAUUAGGAACACAAAGCAAAGGAGGGUUACACCUUCAGAGUCAAGAGACAGAAGGAGCAGAUGGGAGAAAUGAGGAGACACCUUUUUCCAAAAGGCCUGAGUCUGUUUUCCCUCUGUGCAAUGAGCGAAGGGAGAGAAAGAACAAACACAUGAAAUGGAGAACGGAAAAUACCGGGGAAGGUGAUGAAAAUGGGCUAGAGACAAACGCAGAGGAAGCAGCAGCAAGAAUGAAGAAGCUGGGCUCCUCCAAGAGGCUGAAAUCCAGUUCUGCUCUGGACAUAGCACAAAAUGAGAAAACGAAACGCUGUACAGAGCUAACCCAGAGAAAACAGAGAAGACAAGAAAAUGAAGGGGGCGGAGAUGCACAGAGACUAGAGUCAGGCAGAAGAAAUGAGGAGACACCUCCCUCCAAAAGGCUCAAAUUUACUUCCCUUCUGAGCAAAGGACCAGGUGAGAAAAAGAAAGACGUGUUAAGACAAAAGCAGAAAAAACUCAGAAGAAAAGGCCAAGGAGAAGAAGAAGCAUACAGUCUGGAGGCUGAAGGAGGAGCAGAAAAAAAUAAGGAGGUUGACAGGCUGAAACCCACCUCCCUUAUGAGUGAAGGACAAAGAGACAAAAAGGAACGGAAGCAAGAAAAAAAGCAUGAAAAUAGGGAAACUACAGAAGAUGGAGGAGGAGGAGAAUAUAUAGCUAUAGAAGAGACAGGGGAUAAGGAAUCAUGUUCCUUCAAAAGACCAAGGUCUGCUUCCUCUCUGGCCUCAAUAUCAGCUUCUGAAAAUUCAUGUCCCCACAGCCCAUCCCCAGUGCCCAUAAAGCGCAGGUGCAGCUCAAAAGUAGCUGGCUCAUGUAACCAAGGAGAGUUUCCAAAGCGGCCAGCGAGUGAGACGGAAAUCCAAUUCCACACUCAUCAGAGAGAGGGAAUCCAGAUCUGUGACCACUUUCUUUUGGGGAAUUGCCCUCAUGGGUCUAUCUGUGAGCUCCACCACACUCGCUAUCCCUACCACUGGCAAAUAAAGCGGAAGGAUAGCCAGGUCUGGCAGAGUGUGAACGACUCAGCUCAGCGACAUCUGGAGAAGCUAUACAGUGACAUUGGGAGAGUGCAUGUUAAACUGAUUGACAAGAAGGCGUUGUCUGGGAAAGUCAACUUGAGUACAUUGAAAAUAGAUCACCAUGGGCCUUUCAGUAAUAUACGGCGGCUGUCCAACACCAGUCAUCCUGAGCAGAACUCCUACUUCCCCACUGAGUGGACAGUAUACUGGGAGGAUGGCAGCAUCUGGAAGAAAUACGAGGGGCCCCUCUCGCAUGAUUUCCUUGCUGCCUUUGAAGACUACACACAAGAGCAUAUCUUUCAGCUGCGAGGCCACCUCUACACCAUGGACUUCAAGCAAAGUCUAAUAUACAACCAUAAUACAGGAAACAGCCACACUAUCCAGCUCCGGCCCACUUAUCGCUCACCCCUCCAGAUGUUGCCACAGCUGUGGACAAUUCCAAGCAGCCCCUCGGAAAUGCAUUAUCCUCCCACUUCUAACAUCCUUGGAGAAGAUCCUACAGAUGGUUACAACGGCCCAUAUCCUGCUUACUGGAUCAAGCGUCCAGAAGGCAGUGUCCCAUUUGCGCAGGAGGAGGUGUUGCCAUCAGAAGCAGCGUACCAAACCAUUUACACCCUCUUCCACAAGUCUCUCUCAGAGGCCAAAGUUCUUCUGCUCUCAGUUCACAGGAUCCGGAAUGACUUUCUCUGGCAAAAAUACUGCAGCCAGAAGGAUUUAAUGUCACAGAGCCUCUCAGCAGAGGAGAAAUUGAGGCUAGAGAAGCACCUCUUCCACAGCACCUCAGCCAAACGCCUGGAGUUCACCUGCCAGAUAAAGUUUGACACUCACCUCUCAGGAUCACAUAUGUAUGGCAGAGGUUGCUAUUUCAGUGUGAACGCAGACCAGGCUGACCGCUAUUCCCAGGCAGGGAAGGGUGGGCUGCGCCACAUGUUCUUGGCCAAAGUAUUGGUCGGCAAAUGUACACGCGGGAAAAAGCAUUAUUGGCAGCCUCCACAACUAGAGUCUGGUAGGGAAUGCUUUGACUCAUGUGUGGAUAAUGUGGCCAGUCCAAAUAUUUAUGUGAUCUUCAAUAGCUACCAAUGCUAUCCAUACUUCCUGAUCAGCUACAAACUCUUAUCUGACCCUGUGGUGCUAGAUGAUUGAUGGACAGCUCAAGGAAGAGGGGCAGUUAAUGCUCACUAUGAAUAUGCAGCUUCACUGAUGAGGACACCCAACCCUUCCCAGGAGCAGCACACCAGCCUUUCCAUCCCCCACACCCCAUCUCCUUCCUGCCAUGAUCCCUACAAACUGUUCUAUAACCCGUCCCAUGGGGAUGCAUAGAGAGAACGUGCUAGGUAAGAAUGCGUCUAAAAGCUUCCCAGCAUACCUGAAAAAGGAGUCCAUUUGGUUUCCAGAGGGUCUUCUCUCACCAGAUGGUCAGUUUGCUAAUAGUUGUUCAACACAGUACAUUAGAACAAAACAUUAUUGAUGGUUAUGUUUUCACUAAGUUUAAAAAAAAAAAACCUGGACCAAGAUUUUGAAAGUUGGGCAGAUGCCUAAAUAGGGACUUAGGGGGUUAACUCCGGGCUUCUAUUUUAGACCAUCGUGGCCAUUUUCUCCCCAAGAUUUAAAAUUGUUAAAGUUUUGUAGCAUUAAAAUUUAUUACUAAUUUUGAGCACCCAUGGAGUGUAGGACACAAAGACAGUGAGAAGUUGCAGCAGCAGUGGAAAUGCAGGACAGAACUUCUUACAUCCUCCUUCCCUUCUUGAAAGCCUCAGAUCUUCUUGCAUUAGCACUCUUAAUUGAGCCAAAAAAUUACAGUGACAUCCUGGGUGCUUGGGAUUAGUCAGUUUCCUCUGAGCUAAGCUACCCAACUCACUUUGUUAUACCGUAUUACCAUUCAGGGGGCUCGAUUUUCCCUUUUUGUUCAGUGUAUUUUAUGAUACAUUUUAAUAGGUGUUACAUUUCCUUGUUUGUUUGAAAAAUGAGUGAUAAUUAAACCUUUCAUGCAUUCUCUGCUGUUCUAAAAGAUUAUUAAAAUGAAUUAAAAUCUUGUGCCAGUU